UUUUUUAGGUUAGUGUAACUACUUGUUGGCAGAAUAAAAUAUAGAGUUGGUUGGGUUUACAAGUCAAAAUGGAUAACAAAUGUCACGACAAGAGUGACGGAUCAUUUGUAAGCCAAGUCCGCUCACAAUAAGCAUGCAGAGAUGUAGGAGGUCUAGGAAGUUAUUGAGCAGUUUAAGCACAAAACGGCACUGCUGGGUCUUGGUUGUUAUGUAAUGUGGUACAGUACAUACACCAUGUAUUAAUAUGAAUACACAGGCCAUUGAUAUCAAGGGCAAAUUGACAGUUAAAUAGUGGAUGGUUAUUAGUGACAUGUGGUUAGUCGUCUAGUGUUCUUGCACCUCUCUUUAGUUUGUUGGCUUCUGCUUUAGCCCCAAAACCAAUGGAGCCGUUACCCCGAGCCAUGUUCAAUAGUUAAUUAAAUCAUAUGUUGCUCCAUCACUAACAGGUGGUAUUAUGAUCCACUUGGCAACUGAGUUAUUUGUGUUUAGACUAAUCAUGCAUCUAAUCGUGUACAGUCUGUUUCAUAGUAUUUGCUGUAUAGUAGGCAAAUAUUUUUUUAAGAGACUCUAACUCUUCAAUCAAUGGGUAAAUGUAAUUUGGUUUUAAGUUUGAACUAUUAUUAUUGACCUUCUUAAAUGAUCAUUUGACUGUCAAGGCAUUUGAGGAAUGAAACGCAGCAGUCAAAGUGUACAUUCGUGGGGCUACUGGAAAGACCUCAUUAACAAUGAAUAACAACACACUAAAUAUUUAACACUCUGGCCUGGCAAAAGUCGUGUGUGUGUGUGUGUGUGUGUGUGUGUGUGUGUGUGUGUGUGUGUGUGUGUGUGUGUGUGUGUGUGUGUGUGUGUGUGUGUGUGUGUGUGUGUGUGUGUGUGUGUGUGUGUGUGUGUGUGUGUGUGUGUUGCAAGGAGAGAUGUCCCUAUAACUUUAAGAGUCAGGAAGACAUAGCAAGUGCUUGUCUGGAGACUGUUAAACUGCUUGUGGAUAGAGACUACUGAUCUUGACUAGGAUACUCAUUGAAGGGCUGUAUGAAUUACUGCUAAUGGAUCCGUCGGUGACUCGCGUAACUCAGAAUGUUCCCUCCGCUCUCGAAGAGUACAAUCCUUUCACAGAUGGCAAACCAGCUUCUCUGGCGGCCAUGGCACCCAAAGCAGUGGGAGCCGCCAUCCAUGCCCAGCCCGCCAUCAUGAACCCCACCGAGGACACCCUGUCCUACGCACAGCCCCCCACCCAGGAGCAGGCACGCAUAGCCGAGGAGCUCCUGAGGAGACAGGAGGAUCUGGAGAGGAAGGCUGCGGAGCUGGACCGCAGGGAGAGAGAGAUGCAGUCGCUGAGCGCCUCAGGAGGCCGGAAAAACAACUGGCCUCCACUUCCAGAGAAAUUCCCAGUAGGGCCAUGCUUCUACCAUGACAUCACCGUGGACAUCCCAGUGGACUUCCAGAAGACCGUCAAGAUCAUCUACUACCUGUGGAUGUUCCACAGUGGGACGCUGUUCGCCAACCUGAUUGGCUGCAUGGCCUGGUUCAUUGUGGACUCGUCCCGAGGGGGAGACUUUGGAUUGGCCAUCCUCUGGCUCCUCUUGUUCACCCCCUGCUCAUUUGUCUGUUGGUACAGACCACUUUAUGGCGCGUUCAGGAGUGACAGCUCCUUUAGGUUUUUCAUCUUCUUCUUCGUGUAUGUCUGCCAAGUGGGAGUGUACGUUGUCCAGGCGAUCGGCCUCACAGGGUGGGGUGCUAGCGGCUGGAUCUCUGCCCUGACGUGCCUGAACACGAGCAUCGCCGUGGGCAUCAUCAUGAUCCUCAUCGCCGGGCUGUUCACAGCGCUGGCGGUCAUGUCCCUCAUCAUGUUCAAAAAGGUGCAUGGGAUGUACCGGACCACGGGGGCCAGCUUUGAGAAGGCCCAGCAGGAGUUCGCCAGUGGGGUCAUGUCCAACAAGACGGUGCAGACGGCCGCGGCCCGGGCGGCCCAGGAGAGCUUCAAAGAGCAGAUCUGAGCCAGACCCACCUUGCCAUCCUUACCGACACUUCAGAUCCCCCCCCUUCCCUCGCCCAGGUUAACCUUCUAUCCCCCCUCUCUCCCCCACAGCCUUCUCUCGUCCAAUCACAGUGAUUAUUAUUAUAAUGUUUUUUCUCUUUGAAUGAGUGAAUAUUACUAAUAGAAUGAAUGCCCGCAUCAAUGGAAAAAAAAAGCACCCUGGCAGUACCCCGCCUCACCCCUUCUCUGUAGGACCCGACCCCCCCACACACCCACCACCCCACUCACACACACCCAUCCACCCACACCGUCCCUGGCAUCCGGCCAGCCCUUAACCAGCACAAAAGUGUGUGUGUGUGUGUGUGUGUGUGUGUGUGUGUGUGUGUGUGUGUGUGUGUGUGUGUGUGUGUGUGUGUGUGUGUGUGUGUGUGUGUGUGUGUGUGUGUGUGUGUGUGUGUGUGUGUGUGUGUGGCCUAUUCAUUAUUGCCCAAUCAAGUUUUCAUUGUAUUAAUUCUGGUCAUUGUUUUCAGACACAAACUCUCUUGUCUCUGUGGGUUAUCUUACAUCCCAGAACUGCCUGUUUCUGUUAUUUAUUUCUGCACUACAGUUGGGAGGAGUGGAUGGUUUGGAGUGCAUCGGGGGCCUCACUCUGCUGCCCCCUAGUGGAGCGAUUGAGAGCUGUAAACGAUGAAUGCUGUGCAUUCCACGACGCAUGGUCUUUGCCUUUUGUAUUCUACUUACCAUGAUCUGCUGGGUUAGUUUGGGUCUCAUUGGAGGUUCCUCUGCUUGGACUCAAUGCCUUUGACGUUGCGCGGGUCUGUCGCUAAUACAAAGUUGCACUUUAACUUGUAUUUUUUGUUUGCAUUUCUGCCGUCAUUGCAAACUUGUCUUUAAAUAAAUAAUCACAUUGGCGUUCUGAGUGGAGCUUUAGGUGACACGUUUCCUCAUACAAAUGAAUCACCAUGUUUAUCCGCCGGUCUGCUCCUUGACCCGCGGCCACCUUGGUUCUGGUCAAAUUCAGGCCCCUUCUGCUGCGCCACGGAUCCAAAUUAUUGUCCCGCGGUUUGAAAACGGCACAACCCGUCUCCAGCCUUUCUGAGAACAUGGGAGAUUUACCUCAGAGUCCCCUCAGGGUGCAGGCCUGCUCUGUCUGCACCUCCACACUGAGGCUAGAAAAUACAUUCAGAUACACGCGUACAUACUUGGACCCUUCGGGUAAGCAACGUAGAGCUUCCGACCGUGGGCGUAAUCUACCGGUCUUGUGUGGACCGACUGUCCAGGACUGCGAUCACAUCGUUAUUUUGUUGCAGUGAACUUGAAGAGCAGUUAUGUAAAACUUUCCGCGCUACUGUAUCUCCGUUUAGACCGUGUAGCGUUAUCUUUUGGGAUGCAUAGCAGCGGGGGAGAAUGGAGUUGAGAGUGAUUUUAGAUGUAAAUAAAUCCGAUAGUUUGCUAUGUUUAAAUCGGAGUAGUGUAUCUUACUGUGAGAAUGUUAAACACAGGUCUCUGUCCUAUCUAGGUGUGUGUGUGUGUGUGUGUGUGUGUGUGUGUGUGUGUGUGUGUGUGUGUGUGUGUGUGUGUGUGUGUGUGUGUGUGUGUGUGUGUGUGUGUGUGUGUGUGUGAGAGAAAAAUGGUGCACCAAGCUACUUAAUAUUUUUCCUACCGUUUGUAUAAUCAAUGGCAUCUAAUAAAUAUCAACUAUCACGUUGAUACAUCUGUUGCAUAUGAAAAAUGGCAGAAGAUCCUUAAUUAUCGAUUCGACACCGUUUAUGGUAGAAACACUGAAAACUGAAUGAGUCAAUCAUGGAGGGAUGUUGGUUAAUAGUGAACCAACGAUUAAGAGUGUUUCUAACUGAAUUAGAAAAAUAAAUAAUAAUUGAGUCAAUCAUGGAGUGAUGAGAAUCAUACGAUUAUGAGCUUUUCCGCUAAAUACCUGUGUGCGGUAAAGAUCGACCAUGGUGUAGGCUACUCUGAUAGUAUGUUGAAUAGGUAGUUUUGUAUAUUUAUUGUAAUAACGUUUAAUAAAAUUACUCAUGUUUGA